UUAAGAUAAUGAACAUCAUAGAUGAUUAAGCCUUAAGAAAUUGAUCAACGUGCAGACACACGCCGCGGGGAAGUCGAGCCUAACCUAACCUAAUCCUAACCUAACUCUAACCUAACCGGUGACACGGCACGUCCGCGGGGCCGCCCCACUCCGCUGUGUACAAACAAUUCGAUGACGGGACGCGUCGCGUAGCGCGCUUCGCGAACGUCAAUCCGACCCCCGCGGCUCGUCGCUCGGAUAAUUCGCUGGCGGGCGGCCGUUUAGAUGGAUAAUGAGCGAGUCCGAUGACACGGACGUCCUGCUGCUGAUCCCGCCCGACAUAUUCCGCGUGCCGUCCUCCGACUCCGACGCGAGCUCGUGCGAGCGGAACGCAUCCGGGCCGGGCGCCGGCGUCAUCUCGGAGCUGGUGGGGCACAUGCAGUCGCUGGAGUGCCGCGUCGCCGCGAUCGAGUCCCGGGACAACAGCCUGGACACCGUCUCCGCGCCCAACGGCUCGCUCGACGACUCCCAGCCGGCGUGCGCGUCCUGGCCCUGUCAGCGGCAGACCCUGCCCAGAAGCCGGUUCUCCGUAAGUCAAGGCGCCAGCCUGCCGAGCACCCCCGUGAGGCCGCGCAAAUCUCUGUCCGUUCCCUCCACCCCCAAUGGGUGCUCGUCGCGGGGCUGCGUUAACUUGCCGCCGGGAGACGCGAGGCCCGACCGCCGUCUCCCGACUAACACUAACAGUCUCGCCCGAGUCAAGCAUGACGCUCUAACUUCGUACUCCGACUCCUUCGCGGCGCCUCCCGCUUCCUGUGGUACUGGGCUCUCGCAUGCUGUCGCGUCCAAGAGGGACUCCCACCCGCCUCUUCGAUCAGACGAUUGUACGGGUCGCAAACCCCGCGAUUCCUCGACGAUACCCGUGUCAAACGCGUCUAAUGGGUCGCUAGGUCAGCUGCCGCACGCCCGUUCUAGAAUAGUGCAGGAGAUGGAGCUGUCGGAGGUCGACGAGUUGCUCCAGGAGAUGGAGGCCACCGAGCUGGAACUGUCGAGAAGAAUAAGUAGCACCGGCGGGUACCAGUAUCGCAGCGAGCUGCUUCACCCGGUCCUGCCGACCGUCGACGACACGAGCGGCCAGGACAGAGAAGCGCAGUGUAAGCUGGGCGCACAUCGCAGACUGGACUUUCAGUCCUGGGAGAACAGAGACGCCCAGCUCACCGACGCCUCGUCGACCCUCUCGCAAAGGAGGACCAACACUGCAUUCGCCGACAUAUCGUUGCCAUACGACGAUUCGUUCCACCUGAAUGAGACUGACAGAAUGAUCUCGGAAUUUAAAACGUGGGAACGGAAUCCCCGGCAGCCUGUUAAGUCAAACGGAUACACGGUAGAAAGCGCGAGGAACGUAGAUCAUUCGUUUGACGCGUCGGCCGCAAUCGACAAUGCCAAGCCGAAGGAAUCUGCGGCGGGACCGAACGUUCUAACGUUAGACGAAGCAGAUAAGAGCGGCGUACAUGUCCAAUCAAAAUCUUCCAUUGCAAAUACAGGUCCUGCGUCGCAUAUCGGUGAAUCGGCCAAGCUUCCUGGCGUGACUCCGUCGAAAACCGUACAAUGUAGUAAUAUAGAACCCUUGGAUCUUUGUAAAAUGUCACAGCGUAAUGAAACUGUGCACGAUAAAGAGAAAUCUGAUUGUGUGCACGUUGGAACGAACACAGAUCUUAACUUGAGAAAGUGCCAACGACUCCUGUCACUUUCGGAUUUCUGGGAAUCUAAUCCAAAUAGAUCGCAGGAAGAAACGCUUAGAAUCAAGAUAGAAGAGGAGAAAUUUCGUAGAGAGCAUUGCGAGCAUCUGAUUCAGGAACUUCAGAAACGUUUGCUGGAACAGCAGGAAAAGGUCGCGGUAGCAGUUAGGGUCGACAAUGAGAAAAACGUCUUGAUAUCUCAGUUUCAUACAUCUUGGUCUAAGUUGAAGCAACAAGUCGAAUUAUUAAAAGUUGAGCAUAAAAAUUCGCAAACUAAUUUGCAGAAUGUCAUGGAGAAGCAUCAGUCUGAGAUUUCAGAAUUUCAAACUCAAGUGAAACGGCUGGAGGGAGAAUUGUCGAAAGCUCUAGACCUGGCGGCUGGAUAUAAAGAGAAGAGCGACGCUACGAUCAAAGAGAAAAUUGAUUUACUGAAAACUCAUGCGGAUGAAUUAGAAAGUUACAAAUCAUUGGUACAAGAGGCGGAAAAUAGAUAUGAACAAAUGAGGACAAAAUUCAAUGCGCUAUUAGAGAAGAAUCAACAAAACGAAGAGACAUUGAGAACCGUUCAAUCGGAAUUGAAUAAAGAACGUUUGAGGGGAGGCGAAGUGCGAAGUGAGAUGGGUGUCAUUCACAAAGCGCUGGAUGCUUGUGAAGCCGAGUUGACAGUGCUCAGACAAGAGAAAGAAAAUUUGCAACUUAAGCUCAAAGAAGAGAUGAAUAGAAAUUCUAUUUUAGACCAGAAGAACUCGACGUUGCUCGUAUCUAUCGAUGACGCUAAGAAAGCGGAAGUAAUAUACAUAUCUAUUUGUCAUAAUUAUCAAGUUUAUCAUUUUAUUGGCGCUUUAUUUUUGCGUCUGUUGUUUCAGAAAUUAGCUAAGGAUGAAACCAAGUCUAUUGUGGAGCAAAAGGAAAAAAUCAGGGCGGAGUUACAAGAGGUUUAUCAGAAGCAAGUUGACGAGGUGGUGAAAGCAAAACUGCAAGAAUUUCAAAUGCAACUUGAUAAUGCCGAAUCAGAAUUCUUGGAGGAAUUGAAAACAAGGCAGCAAGUUAUAGCCGAAUGUGCCGCUAGGAAGAUAAAGGAUGUUAUCGAUAAGCAUCGUUUGGAAAUAAACUUGCUGGAAGAGAAACAUAAAGAGGAAAAACGAUUAUGUGAGUUACAAUUAGCUCAAGCUUUACAGAGAUCGUCUAUACUAGAAAUGCAGUUGAAUUCUCAACGCGCAACAAAGUCGCAACUUGCGGAGCAAUUGCAUUCUGUUAUGCAAAAGCAAUGGCAACAGGCUCUGCAUAUUAUAUCAGGCAGCAACAUGGAUAAUAUUUCUUUGGUUCAAAAAAUGCACGCAGAUAAAUAUUUUGGCUCUAAAGGUCCUAAGAAAUCUGAAUCAAUGCCAAAUUGUUACGCUAAACUUUCUCAGGAUUCGAUAAAACAUGUGGCUCAGACAUCGGAGACACAUAAUAUGAACAGCGCACAACCUCGUGAAGAUCAAAAUGAAAGCGUGAUAACGAUAAAUUCCACUGAAAACAUGCCAUUAAUCAAUAGAGAUGAAUCGAAGGAUGAUCUUCGGAAAUAUGUGAAAAUGAUUACAGAAAUGCAGCUAGCAAGGGAAGAAAGAGAUCCACAUCCCAGAAGCAGCAUUUCGAGUCCGCCACUGGGGUGCAGGGAGGUACCGCGGAAACAUUAUUUAAAAAAGGAUUUGAGUAUAAUGAGUGAGGAGGACAGCGUCACGUGGCAACCAAGUUCCGAGACUAUACACGAUGUCAGUGAACAUAUAUCUCUUCCGCAAAGGAUGCUUACAAGAAUAGAUCAGAAAAGCAAGCCCCCGUGGAAAUGACACAUAACAUAUGAUGACGACGAUACCGAAGGCGUGGACGAGAUUGAUUAUGCUAACUGAACUCGGUACAGUGUACUUAAUUAGCAGUAAUAAGUUUUAUAUGAAACAAAUACCAAUAUCUAUUUUUCAACAAGACGGCAAUUUAAUAAAGAUUUUUUCA